AACUUCCAGAUCUUUCCACAAUCACAAUACAAAUACCCUCUUUUCUCUCUCUUUCUCGCUCUACUUUCUCUCUCUAAAUUCAUCGCAAAUCUGAACAAACCCAAAUCACACUCUCUCUUAUAAAAACCUCACAAUACAAAUCUCAAUUUCUCCAUCACUCUCUCUAUAUAAAAGAACCGUUUUUCAAAUCAUUCGCGCUCAAUUUCUCUUAUCCUAUAUAAACCCUAAUUUCUCUCUCUAGAAAAAAAGGGUUGAUGGCUGACCAAGGAUUGGAAGGGAGCCAGCCGGUAGAUCUACAGAAACAUCCUUCUGGGAUUGUGCCUACCCUUCAAAAUAUUGUUUCAACAGUCAAUUUGGACUGUAAGUUGGACCUCAAAGCAAUUGCACUCCAAGCUCGUAAUGCAGAGUACAAUCCGAAGCGUUUUGCUGCUGUCAUUAUGAGAAUCAGAGAACCGAAAACAACUGCACUUAUCUUUGCUUCUGGCAAGAUGGUUUGUACUGGAGCCAAGAGUGAGCAACAGUCUAAGUUGGCAGCAAGAAAGUAUGCCCGUAUCAUCCAAAAACUUGGUUUCCCGGCCAAAUUUAAGGAUUUCAAGAUCCAGAAUAUUGUUGGCUCCUGUGAUGUCAAGUUCCCGAUACGGUUGGAGGGUCUUGCUUAUUCCCACGGUGCUUUCUCUAGUUAUGAACCGGAGUUGUUUCCCGGAUUAAUCUACCGCAUGAAGCAACCGAAGAUAGUCUUGCUUAUUUUUGUCUCUGGAAAAAUUGUUCUAACAGGAGCCAAGGUGAGAGAUGAGACUUAUGCAGCCUUUGAAAACAUAUAUCCAGUGCUUACUGAGUUCAGGAAAAAUCAACAAUGAAUUUUGUUAAAAGAAGAAGCGGUGUUCUUGCGGAGAAGCUUGUCGAAUUGUAUAUAAACUAAGACAAAGGAGUUAUCUGAAUUGAUAAAAUUAAAUGUAGUUCUCUGCGUCUAGUUUUGAUAUUGUUAUAUGAAGGACAUUUUCCUAUUGAAUUGACAUUUUGAAAAGAAAAAAAAGAGAUUUUGAAGAGGCAGAAGAAAAAAAAACAAAAGUGAGGGGAGCUAGAUGGAAUAACAAUUUCUGAUAGUUAUCAUCUCAUGAAAUUUUGAAAUAUGGUUGCUUGAUUUUUUAGCUGUUAGUUUCAACUUUCAGUUACAAAGUUAAAACCAUUAUUGGAAUAGUUUCUGACAUUUAAAUGUAAAAAUAAACAGCUCCUUUUGUUGUAUGAAGUUUAUAUAGUUUUGUU